UGCUGUGAUCGGCAACGGUGCUUUUGCUGCACUUGUUAAAUCCGCGCCUGAAACUCCUGCUGCAUUUUCCCUGCUGCCCGCCUCAUGGCAACCCCGUUUAAAGACACAAGCACAAAGUGCGCCAAAGGAGACGCGCCUGGCAGCACUACGGCGCUGUGCAUCCUCUCCGGAUUGAUAUACACGCUUACAUCGGUGUCAGGAUUGCACAACUCUCCGGGAUGGGUGACUGGCAUCUAAGGAGGCACGCAUCUUCUAAUGGCUGACUCUAAAGUGCAGAUUUGAAUGAGUUAUACUGGAUGAAUGCAUGAAUGAAUGAAUGAAUGACUGGAGUGCUGGACAUCCUCUGGCUGUAUGAUGCAUUUUACCCCCCCAUUAUAGGUCAUUUUGUAAGCGCCAACAGGAAAGCAACCAUCACCCUUCAGUGCAUCAUCUGGAUGGAAAUAUGGACACCUUCAGGGGACGCAUUUUGAUUCAACAUGCCCAGGAACUAUGAGCAGCCUGGUCAGUCAGUAGGGAUGUUGGCCGCCGUGGAACAUGGACCCAUCCUGUGCAGCGACUCCAACAUCCUCUGCCUCUCGUGGAAGGGCCGCGUCCCCAAGAGCGAGAAGGACAAGCCGGUGUGCCGGAGACGCUACUACGAGGAGGGCUGGCUCGCCACGGGGAACGGGCGAGGAGUUGUCGGGGUGACGUUCACGUCGAGCCACUGCAGGAGGGACAGAAGCACGCCGCAGAGAAUCAAUUUUAACUUGCGAGGACACAACAGCGAGGUCGUCUUGGUACGCUGGAAUGAGCCCUUUCAGAAGCUGGCUACCUGUGAUAUGGAAGGCGGCAUUUUUGUAUGGAUCCAGUAUGAAGGACGAUGGUCUGUGGAGUUAGUGAAUGACAGAGGAGCUCAGGUGAGUGAUUUCACUUGGUCCCAUGACGGCACCCAAGCUCUCAUCGCGUACAGGGAUGGCUUUGUGUUAGUCGGAUCGGUCAGUGGGCAGAGACACUGGUCCUCAGAGAUCAACCUGGAGAGUCAAAUCACCUGUGGCAUAUGGACGCCUGAUGAUCAGCAGGUCUUGUUUGGAACCGCGGAUGGGCAGGUGAUAGUGAUGGACUGCCAUGGACGGAUGCUCGCUCACGUGCUGCUGCAUGAGUCCGACGGCAUCGUCAGCAUGUCGUGGAACUGCCCUAACUUCCUUGUCGAGGACAGCACCGAGAGCGACACCGACUCCGAUGACAAUAUUCUGCCUUUAGUGCGAAGAGUCAAGCCUUUGCUGACAGUCACCUUCAUAUCCGGAGAUAUCAGUUUGAUGAACAACUACGAUGAUCUGUCUCCAGCUGUAAUUCGUUCAGGACUGAAAGAUGUGGAAGCCCAGUGGUGCUCUCAAGGAGACCUCUUGGCUGUGGCUGGCAUGGAGAAACACGUGCUCCCAGCAGACACGGCCUGUGCGUCCAUCAUGAGGAAUGCUCUGGUUAAGUUCUAUAAUGUACAAGGAGAGCACAUAUACACUCUGGAAACACCUGCACAGUCGCUCCACGCUCCUGCUUGCCUCGGUGCCAUGGAGCUUCUUUUUACUCAGCUGGCAGCCCGGGAGCAGCGGUGA